GAUGAAUACAAUGGGUGCUACUAUAUGAUGUGCUUUGACUUGAAGAGCAUGAAGUUCUACAUCAUUGAUAGUAGCGACGGAGAUAUAGCUCCUGCAGUCAAGUACUUGUUUCAAAUGUCAUACCUGAGAAGUGGAUUUGUGAAAUUUCUUCGAGAUCAAAAACACCCAAAGGCAGAUAAGGUUGUGAAGCUGAAGGAAGAAGUGGUUAAAAUGCAUUGGAGAAACAAGAAAAACAAAACCAAUGAGGGAGUUUAUUUGAUGAGGCACAUGGAGACAUUUUAUGGUGACACAGCAUGGGAGUGUGGAUUAGAUAAACAAAGUGAAAAACCAAUUGAGAUGCUACGGAUUAAGUACUUGCAUGCAAUAGUAACAUCUGAUAAGAAUGAGAUCAAGAAGAACAUCAUGGAACAAGUGAAGAAACACAAUGUGUAUAUCUAGAAGAUUUGUAAUGCUAUUGAUGAUUGUGGGCGUUGAUGAACAUAUUGUUGUUUUUUAAUUCAUGCUAAACAAUAUUAGUAUUUGGGACAUAUGAUAUUACUAUUAAGCUUGGAUGACAGUAGUCAUGUUAGUAAUAUUAAAUAAGGACAUAUGCUUAUGGGAAGUUCAUAUUAUUGAUCAUUAUUAGUAAGUUCUAU